GGUGAUGACGCCACGAGGCCGCGCCCGCCCGUAGCCAGGAGCAGAGACGGCGAGGCGACUCCAGAGACCCUCCCGCCUGAGGCCAUGGCCAGCGCUGGCCGCCGGACCACGUCCACCUCGGCCUCCUGUGUCCGCGCUCCUGGAUCGCCCGUAUCCCGCUUUCUCUCCAUGGAUGCUGCCCGGUCCACGCCAUGCGCCCCCACCUCUCUGACUCCGUGAAAGCAGGGGCGCCUGAUGCCUGUUAUCCCCAUCCCACGCCGGGUCCGUUCUUUCCACGGCCCCCACACCACCUGCCUGCACUCGGCGUGCGGACCCGUACGGACCACGCACCUGGUGCGCACCAAGUACAACAACUUCGACAUCUACCUGAAGUCCCGCUGGAUGUACGGCUUCAUCCGGUUCUUGCUGUACUUCAGCUGCAGCCUUUUUACCUCCAUCCUGUGGGUGGCGCUCUCGGCCUUGUUCUGCCUCCAGUACUUCAGCAUCCGCGUCUUCCUGCGCUUCCAGUACAAACUCUCCAUCAUCCUCCUCUUGCUGGGGCGAAGGCGGGUGGACUUUAGCCUCAUGAACGAACUCCUCAUCUACGGCAUCCACGUCACCAUGCUGCUGGUGGGCGGGUUCGGCUGGUGCUUCAUGGUCUUUGUGGAUAUGUAAAUAAAAAAACAGCUGCAUGCUGA